AUGCCUCAGCUGGUGAACAGGAUCCCGUGCCUCGACCGAGGCAACCGGGGAGGUCUCAGCCAGCUCAACAUGCUCUCACGUCUCAGCUGGUUCAUCAGGUUUCUGUGCCUCAGCGGAGGCGACCGGUCCGUGCCGGAUCCCGGGAUUUUGCCUUUGGUUGGCAUCCUGCGGCUGGAACCGGACGAACCCGAGGAGGGGGUAAUGUCACUGGCUGCUUCAGGACAGCGGCUGCAACAGGACCAGAUAUCAAAGACUAGGAGAGAGAAAAAGAGUGUCUCCUUCGGCUGCAAAGUUACUGGUUCGUGUUGGGGUAACCUGGUCCACUGGUACCAGAAGAAAGAGGGUGAACCAUUUACUUGGAUUCUAUACUUUAAUUCUGGUGACAAUUCUGACAGCAGUGCUACCACUCACCCUCAGAGAGCAGAUUUCUCCGUUUGGAGGGAGUCUGAGUCUGACGCCAUUGAGCUGAAGAUCCAGUUCGUUAAAGUGUCCCAUUCUGUCACCUACUACUGUGCCUGUUGGGUAUCGGGAUUCCACAACAAUACCGUACGAAAACCCAAAGUGACUGUCUACUCAGAGUCCAACCCGGAGUCGAAUGUGAAGACCACCCUGAUAUGUCUGGCUAGAGACAUGUUUCCAGACUUGGUCAAGAUCUCAUGGAAGAUGGAGGAUGAAAACGGCAGAGCAGUCGCUGUACCUAAAGCAGAGAUGGAACAGCUGGAGCAGCGAGAGGAAGGACAGACGACCAGUAUGAUCAUCAUUAAUAAAGAGAAGACAUACAGGAACAAAUACAUCUGUUCUGUGGAGCAUGAAGGGGGCCCUCAAGAUGUUUACAUGCUGAAAGAUAAACCAACUGAAGCUCCGCCAACCACUGUGGCUGCACCAACCUGUCCGUUCAGAAAUGACACGCAGCAGUCUCAGACUCUACAUCUUACCGAUGAUUCCUUCCCGUCAACGUUUAGUCUGAACCUGGCCUCUGUGGUCUACACAGUGAUGAUAGUGAAGAGCAUGGUGUACUGCUGUGGGCUCUCUAUCCUGCUGCACCACAGGCGCUUGGGAAGAGGACCCAGCACCUGUAGACACAUUUAUUGAAAGGAUACCCCCCCCCAUGUAUGGAUGGAGUUGUAGUGGGCUGAGUAACAUGGAUUUUACAUCCCAUUGAGGUUUAACAUUUCAUUUGUAUUGCUUUUAUUUUUCCUGCUUUAUUUUUUAGAUGCUACAAUAAUAUGAGCCAUAGAUUUCCAUGUCUUCUAAUAGCUUCAACUGCCAAAUAUGACAAUUGCAGCACAUUUAAUUUUGUAUAUGGUGUAUUGUUUCCCUCAUGUGGGAGCUACCCACUGCAGACACAUGAAUAAUGGUUAAGGUUUUCUGAAAAAUAAGCAGAGCAAAUCUUGAAUGUAAAUAAAUUAUGAUUUUAAUUUAGACUUUUUUUGUUAGUUUCCCUGCAAAAUGUAGGUAGGCCUAAAUUAUACAAAAUGUUCCUAAAUAUGUAGGCCCAUGAGUUCUAAAUCAUUAUCCAAUAUAAUAUUUAGCAACUUGUCUUGUAUUGAAGUGUAAUUGUUCUAACAUAGUAUUUCACAUCUUAAUUAAUGAAUAAGAGAAUCAAUUUUUGCUUUAAAUAUCUAAAUGCUGAGUGCUUAUUGAGCAUAAAAAUUGGGCCAUGCGCAAAAUCAUUUGGUGCUUUUUACAUGAAUACAUUGCUUUUAUAAAGAGUAACACAGCCUGCUCAAAAUAAUAUCCUUUCAGAUGAGGAUGGAUUUAAUAAACGCUGCUUUUGUGAACAAAAAGUUACAAUGGUUCUUCUUAUUUUUACAGUUCCUUGUUGCUUUGAAUGAAUAAAGGCUACUUAACCCCCACCCCAAAAAAACAUUGCAUUGCUUUACUAUAAGAUCAUCUAUUCACAUUUGAAUGUUAUUUGAUUGAAUCUCAUCAG